AUGGUCUUUGCUUCAAUUUCCCCCCGUCUUUGGGGUGCACCAUGUUGGGGGAACGCCGUCUCCGAGGUUUCGCCGCAGCUCCGGUGGGGCAUGCUUUGUGGCAUCGCGGGCACCACGGCCUUGUUCGUCUACGCCUCCGUGACCCCUGGGGUGCUCUUCGCAGGCGCAUUCGAAGCCUCCGGCAUGAGUUCCGAGACCAAGAACAUGGCGUCCCUGUCCAUGGACAACAGCCUGGUCCAAACAUUGCACGUGGGGUCCUACUAUGUCUUUGCGGCGAUGCUGGUCUUUAGCGUGAUGUGGCCCUAUAUCAAACUUCUGAUGAUGGUGUACAUUUGGGCCGCUCCCGUGGAGCGCAAGACGCGAGGUGUGGCACUUCUCUUCUUGGACCAAGUCGGCAAGUGGUCAUUGAUGGACAAUAUCAUACUCUUCCUCUUUAUCGUCUUCUUUUGGAUCGCCUGGCAGGGAGAGGACGUAGCUGGCCAGGGGCACGCCUUCUUCGGCUUGAGAUGCAGCCCGGGUAUUGAGCUGAACACAUUCCUGGCCGCGACCAUUCUGUCCCUGCUUUUGGGCCACGGCAUGCUGUGGGUACACCGCCAGACUGGGAAGCUGGACGAAGGUGCGCCGCUACGGAGCGAUAGCCUGCGAUGGCUGGGUCUUGCUCACGUGGGCUGCAUUUUGCUCACCGUCCUAUCCUGGCAGGUUGACAUCGUGGACGUGUCCUUCAGUGGCCUGCUGGGCACGUUCCUGAAGGUAACAGAGCAGCCAACCUCCAAGACAUAUAGCAUCCUGGGCAUUCUGUCCUGCCUGGGCAAGCAAGGCUCAACCUAUCUACAGGUGAGCUUUGCGAUUUUUGUUCUGGCCAUCCCAGUGCUGCAGUUGCUGGCGAUGGCAUUUAUUUGCCUUUACCAGCUGCAGCCAAAGAAGCUGCAGCUCCUUCUUCGCCUUUGCUACACGUUGAGUGCAUGGGCAGCCUACGACGUCUUUUUCAUCGCCUUUCUGGCCGCUGUGCUGGGAGGUGAAAGGUAUGGCAUCGGCCAGUUCAUCGAGUUGGUGGUCUACAAGCAGAACCUCGCCCCCAUCUGCGACGCAUUGCGCGACGGCGGGGUGCCGUGCUUGCACAUCCAGCUCAGUUUGCUGCCGGGUGCCGCGUUGGUCUUCGUGGCCGUUGCUGUCUCCUUCCUGGUGAGCCUGUUGGCGGCGCGCCAGACGAACCUGGCCUGA